UCAGGAACUCUUUACUCCUGUGUCUGUGGGAGGGGAUACUCAAUGCUCCGCAAUUUGAAGAGACAUCAAAAACAUGAAUGCGGAAAGGAAAAAUCAUUCGGUUGUGAUAUGUGCAAAUACAGAUGUUUUAGGAGGAAUGUACUAGUCUUGCAUUACAGAAAGAAGCAUCCGACAGUUGAGGCCAUUGUUACUAGUAAUUGUUUCAUUGCAACUGCGGAAAAGUGUACAUGAAGAAGAAUACUUUCAACAGACACGUCAGAUAUGAAUGUGGCAGGCCCGACCCUUCAUUUUCUUGCAUUCAUUGUCACUACAAGUGCUGGAGAAAAGACAAAAUUGUGACACAUUACAAAACGAAACAUCUUAUUCAUUGUAGAGAUACUAUUCAGAAAUUGUUGAAUGAGUCUUGAUAUAUUUAACAUGAAGGAUCCGACAAAUACGGUUUCAGUAAGAAAAUAAUAAGAAAGUAAAAAUUUGCAAUUUUUACCCGACGAAUUUUAAGCAAAAUCAUUCACACGAACUUGCUUAUUCUGUAAUAAAGAUGUUUUUCCUGUGGGUUCCUUCAUGAUGUGCAAUUUUUCAAAACCUGCUAGAAAAACCUACAAGUUUCCUGCAUAAUUUCCAAAAACUAAUUUCUUUGUUCUUUAAGAAAAUGACAAAAAUUGUAUGAAACUUGAAUAUGAAAUGUUAAUGUCAAGCAUUUAUCCUUUCCAUUGAUUGUUUUUAUGACCACCUAAUGGCUGGAUUGACUUAUUGUUAGCGAAGUGAUCAUUCUAGUCAGUUUGUAACCAAAGAUGUAAUUUAAAGCAAAUAAAUUCUUCGUGAGAUACCUAUUUCAUUUGCAUUAGGGUUUUUAAGUUAUAUGGUUCCAUUUAAAGUGCGAAUAACUCUAGCGUGAUAUCGUUUUGUCGUACCAAAAAACCCUUGUAUACCAAUUUUCACUGUUAUACAUCAAAUAUUGUUCGAAAU